CUACUCACCUCUUCCGCAACCUCUCAAAAACCAAAAACCCCCACACAAUCCGCCAAAAUGGUCUACACCAUCGUUGUCCACAUGCGCGCCAAGCCCGACGAGGAGAGCAUCAACAAGCUGCACGCCAAGCUCCUCGAGGCCUCGGCCGUCUACUCCAAGGACAAGGAGACCCUCUCCUGGUUCGUGAUGCAGAGCGUCCACGACAAGCAGGACUUCUGCAUCGUCGAGCGCUACCUCAACGAGGGCUCCCAGAAGUACCACCUCGAGAACCCCUACUGGAAGACCUUCGACCCCUACGUCAUCCCCUUGCUCGAGAAGGAGAUGGAUCUCCGUCGGUUCGAAGAGCUGGUGCCCGGCGAGGAGCAGAAGCAGUAGACUUGGGGAAUCAAAAAUGGGUUUCUGCGUGGUGAAUCCCACUGUCUUGUACAUAUGACGCAGUUUUGAGGAAUUUAUUGCGCCGGUCCCUCUGGAGGGAUUCUCGGGUGCGGAGAUAUGAUGUUUCUACUGAGUUUGUGCAAUAGUCGCGUUGCUGGGGGGCAUUUUGGAUACACGUAGUUGAUUGCAUGGAUCUAAAUCACUAGACUAC